AUGGAGGGGAAAACUACUCUAUGCUUUCUCAUGGUGCUUCUGCUGCUAGGAAACUGCGCACAUGCUGAGAACAGCUGCAAAGAGCACCGUACUUUGGAGAUAGGCUGCAUAAGAAAAUAUUGUAGGAAAAACUGCAACAGAGACUACGAAGGACAUCGUGUCAGGAAUGCUUAUUGUACUGGCUUUAUCCCCUUCGUCUUUUGUGUCUGCGACGUCUGUGACGGCUAG